AUGUCCGUUUCAAAGGGCGAACAUAGUCCGUUCUUCCCUCAAUGGGUCAAUCGGAAAUUAUAUACGCUCAUGUUAGUCAUAUAUACACCCAGAGAAUUGAACACAAAUUCUCCAUUGGUCAUUGACGAUUCGGGAUCUGAAAUUAAAGUACAGGAAUCAAUCACAGAUUGCAAUAAAUCAUGGUUACUUUUGGGUUUAAAACAGAGUGGUUUCGGAAAAGGACGAUGGAACGGAUUUGGUGGUAAAGUCGAAUUUAGUGAUGCGAACCCAAAAGCUGCUGCACUUCGAGAACUGAAUGAGGAGUCUGGUUUAACACUUGAUGAGUCUUCCGUUGACGAAGUUGGUCGUUUAUGGUUUACUUUCGCUGAGACACUGGAGUGUAUGGAAGUACAUGUGUUUAUCUGUCGAACUUGGACACCUACACUUAAUGAUCAUACGGUUAAAUGGCCUUGUUAUACAGAAGAAAUGCAUCCAGCUUGGUUUCCACUUAUAAUGAAUAAAGAUAAAACAAUAAAUACAUCAUCUUUACCAUGGGAACAUAUGUGGCCUGAUGAUUUGUUAUGGGUUCCUGAUAUACUUCAAGGAAAUCUUAUUCUAGCUUGGUUUCAUUAUCUUCGACUUUCUAAUCUAUCGAUUACAAAUAGUCAAAAUUUAAUUGAUCGGUCAACAGAAACUAACGGGAUCUCUAUUGACUUAUAUGAAAUACCAGCUUAUCAUUUGGAAUCAUUUACUACUGAUGAAAAUGAGUUAUUGUCUGCUGAUAAAGAUAACGAUUGUAAAUUAUCCAGUGUUCAACGAAUUAUUGAUCGAUUGGAUUUAGACAAGAAUGAUAAUAAUUUAAGAUUAUGGAUGAGUUCAUCAUUAUAUGAUAAUGAAUUUGUUGUAUCUCCUUUGAUACUACAGAAAAUUUUACAUUAUCCCAUCUAA